CGUCGACUGUGAAUUGUAGUUUUGUCGUCUUUUUGUGAAUAAGUUUAUUACUUGAUUAAACGAAGUUUGCACACUAAUUUUUUGUAUUAUAUUCUAUCCUAUAGUCUGUGAAAGUUCUUCAACCACAAAUAAUUGUCUAACCAAAGGUUAAAAUCUACUGUGAAAAAAGGAAGGAAAAGGAGGAAGGAAGGAAGGUGGAAUUUCCUGAUUAGAAAGCCUUUGUAAUACAGUGCAUCAUGGUGAAAGUGUAUGCUCUCCUCGUCCUUUAUAAAGGAGUGAACAGUGGAACAGUGCUAAAGUCAGCUUAUGACUUGCAAAGCUUCAGUUUUUUUCAAAGAAGUUCUGUUCAAGAGUUCAUGAUGUUUGUUAGUAAAACAAUGGUGGAGAGGACACAGCAGGCCUCAAGGCAGUCAUUCAAAGAAGGCGAAUACAUGUUACAUGUGUAUGUGAGAGCAGAUAAUCUCGCUGGUGUACUGAUAUCUGAUCAUGAGUAUCCAAACCGAGUUGCCCACACUCUUAUAACAAAAAUGCUUGAUGAAUUCACUGCUACUGUACCAGCCAGCAUCUGGGCUACUGCUGAUGAAUCCUCAGUUGACUUUCCUGUGCUACCACAGUAUUUGGCCAAAUACCAGAAUCCCAAAGAAGCUGAUGCAUUAACGAAAAUCCAGAGUGAAUUGGAUGAAACUAAAAUUAUUUUACAUGACACAAUAAAAGCAGUAUUAGAAAGAGGGGAGAAGCUAGAUGAUAUGGUUGCUAAAUCAGAGAGUCUGACAAUGCAUAGUAAACUGUUUUAUAAGACAGCGCGUAAAACUAACAGUUGCUGUAAUUUCUGAAGUAAUCAAAAUAAUGAUUCUAAUUACAUAAUGGCCAUAAUUGUUACUGAACACUCAUUAACAUUGAUUACCCACUGAAUACUGAAAAUAUAGUAUGACAUUGACAAAACUAUGGAUGUUCCUGUAGAUUGUUUCCUACUGCCUUUUGAAAAUCUAUUACUGAUCUCCCAACGUAAACAUUGCAAUAAAUAAACCUGAAACUAAGCUUUUAUUAAUCAAUAAAAUGAUUCGUGAAGAGGUGUUAAAGUUUAACUAUAAAUUCAUAAUGUGUGCA